AUGUCCCUGCCCCCAAUUCAGGCAAGUAGUAGGAUAAAGAGCCCGCCCUCCAGCCAGCCCGGGAUUGGUACGCUUGGGAAUUGCGCCACCGUGCGUCUCACAGGGACGCAAGGAAACUGCAGGCGGCCUCGGGACUCCGUGGACGGCAGUGUGUCCACAAAAAGGUCUCCGUUGCCCAAGCUAGAGUGCGGUAGCCCAGUCUCGGCUCACUGCAGUCUCUGCCUCCCAGGCUCAAAGGAUCCUUCCAUCUCAGCCUCAGGAUUAGCUGGGACAACAGGCGCAUACCAUCAUGCCCAGGGGUUGCGUUGCUCUCUGGUAAAGGCGUGCAGGUGUUGGCUGCACCCUCUGAGCUGGGAUGAGCCAUGCUCCUGGUGGAAGCAAGGGAGCCCAGCCGGAGCCAUGGCCAGUACAGUGGUAGCAGUUGGAUUGACCAUUGCUGCUGCAGGAUUUGCAGGCCGUUAUGUUUUGCAAGCCAUGAAGCAUAUGGAGCCUCAAGUAAAACAAGUUUUUCAAAGCCUACCAAAAUCUGCCUAUUAUAGAGUGCUCAUGAUUACCUGGAACCCUUCAGGACUCUUUACAUGGAGCUGUUCACCACGGAUAUUUGCAUGAGAAAUGAUAUAUAUUAGAGUUUAUGUUUAAAAGAAAUCAGCAGAUCAUAUCUCUCCAAAUCAAUUUCACUCAAGGCAACACUUUUAAUAAAUUUUCAGCACAAUUCAAUCACCAUUGUGGAAAGAAGGAAUUAAAAACCUAGGUAAGGAUGUGAUUAGCCAGUAUAGGCUUAUGAACAGACAGACACCUACAAUAGAAGAACUCUCCUGGCAGAACACUUUCUCUCACAACUCAAAAAUUUCAUCUUUAGAAAUUAAUUUCUAUUGGCCUUGCAGGCUUUUGAUCUUUUAAAGCUUUCACACUAAAAUAUAAACAUGCUUUCAAGGCAUAGUAUACUAAAAAUGCAGGAACUGGAUUUGUAACUAGUUUGAAGGCAGUGUUCAAAUAGUGCCUAAGGUAUAUCUCUAGUAAUGUGUCUUUGAAAAGUUGGGUUCAACAUUUUAAAAUUAUUUUGUUAAAAUGACAUACUCAUUAAAUUGGCAAAUGAUGAAGCUGGGAGACAUAGCUAAUAUGUCAGAUGAUAGCAUUAAAAUCUAAGUGAUCCUAAUUAGCUGGAACAGGAAUAGAAGGCCAAAUUUAAGAGAAUGAAAUUUUUGACCACUAGAGUUAAAGUGCUGCUUUUUUCUUUUCUUUCUUUUUCUUUUCUUUUUUUUAGGUGACUAAACAACAACCAUCAACAAACCCGUGCAUAAUGUAUAAUGUAGCACAUGUGGUAACAUCUCAGGGCUACUGUUGACUGUAAACUUAAAAUAGGUGACAGUGUGAUGUAGUUGCAAAAACAAAAAAAACACCCCUGACAAAAAUCCCUUAAACUCGUAAUGCAAACAUUGAUCAUAUCACAAAGGAAGUGAUAUCCUCUCUUCCCUGUAAAACAUAUUUGGUGGAUUGUGUUUAAUUCUGGGUGUCACAUUUUGAAAAUGACUGAUCUACUGGAGUAUAUUCAGAGAAGAGUGAAUUGAAGCCAUAUCACAUGAGUUGUAGUUGAGAAUAGAAAAUGUAUAAAAUGGAACAGAGGAACUUGGAUGGACUUGAUUCUAUCUUUAAAUAGCUAAAAGAUUCUCACGUAGAAGAAUUAUAUUUAUUCCAGGACACCCCAGAGGCCGAUUUAGAAGCAUGAGCAUGUUAGAGAAAUAGAAAGGUAUAUUUUGGUUAAAAAGUUAUCUGUAAAUGGAUGUUUUUCUUUAAAGGAAUUCUGCCAUAACUAGAAAUUCAAGUAUUUGAGUGGAGACUUGUCAACUAUUUGUCAGGAAUCUUGUGGAAGAUAUUUUAUGUUUAAUACUUUCUGCUAUUCUUAGUGAGCAUCUUAAAGGACAUCAAGGUGCAGUCAAUAGUGGAAUACAAAUUAGGUGCUGGGAGUUAGGGAGAAAUAGUACAAUAAGGAGAAGUAAUCUUAAAAAGAGAGAAUACCAAGUCAGACUUUUUUUUUUUUAAACAUUUAGUGGGUACACGUGCAGGUUUGUUACAUGGAUAUAUUGCAUGAUGCUGAGGUUUGAGCUUCAAUUGAAUUACCCAAAUAGCAUAGUAUCCAAUAGGUAGUUUUCAACCAUUCCUCAUGUCCCUCUCCCCCUUUUAAGAGUCCCCAGGGCCUAUUGUUUUCAUUUUUAUGUCCAUGCCUAUGUAAUGUUUAGGUGUGACUUAUAAGGGAGAACAUGUGAUAUUUGGUUUUCUGUUUCUGUGUUAAUUCGCUUAACAUAAUGGCCUGUAGCUGCCUCCAUGUUGCUGCAAAGUGCAUAACUUUGUUCUUUUUUAUGGCUGUGUAGUAUUCCAUGAUAUAUAUGUACCACAUUUUCUUUAUCUAAUCCGGUAUUGAUGUGCACCUGUAUUGAUUCCAUGUCUUUGCAAUUGUAAAUUGUUCUGCAAUAAACAUGUUAAUACAGGU